GGGUAGGAACAAAGUGUGUGAGAAGAAGCCUGAGAAUGCAUGGACUAGCAACAAUUGGCAUAUUGCUGCUGCUCUGGACCAAGAUUGGGCACGGCGAAGGCUAUAAGGUGCCCACGGCCAAGGUGGAGCUGUUGGCGAAUGGCUUUCGGGUGUCAAUUCCAGAUGAGACUGGCGUGAGGCUGGUGGCUUUCAAUGUGAAUCGCAAUCGGAAUUUCACUUCGUUUACUCAGGGCCAGUACAGCACCCGGCUGGUGGAACCGCAGAAUAAUCGCUGGUCGCAUGAUUUUCUUUCUGUCCCAUUGAGGGCCCACGAUGUGUUGUACAUUUGGACGAGUGUGCAGCAUGAAAGGGCGAUAUUCCAGGACUUAGAGCAGCCCAUUUAUGUCUGCACCUUGGCCGGAGCGAAUCUGCCCAAGGGUUGCUCUUCGCCCGAGCAGGAGCCAACAGAGAGCAACAGUCUGAACACAGAGGACACCAACGCCCCGUCAUCAUCUGAGAGAGCAGAGCCCGGAGCAUGCGAACCAUCUUCAACGACAAUAUCACCAGCUCCAUCGUCACCCAUUUGCAAGGGGCAGCUGCUGUUCCACGAGACCUUCGACCAACUGAACGAGUCCCGUUGGAUGCACGAGGUCCGGAUACCCCUGGACACCAAAGACGCCGAGUUUGUGCUGUACGACGGAAGGGCCAGAGUCCAAAAUGGCAAUCUUGUGAUCGAACCCAUUCUGUGGUCAAGCUACCGCCCAGACCUGUCCAUAUCGAACUCUCGGCUAGAUCUCUCCGAGCGCUGCACGGGCACGCAAAACCGCCAGAAGGAGUGUAUGCUGCACACCAGCGGCAGCGGUCCAAGUGCCAUCAUGCCUCCGAUUGUGGCUCCCCGCGUCAGCACCAAGGAAUCAUUUGCCAUUAAAUACGGACGCAUAGAAAUUCGGGCCAAGGUGCCAAAGGGGGACUGGCUGGUGCCCCUGCUGCUGUUGGAACCUCUGACAGAAUGGUACGGCCAGACGGGAUACGAGUCGGGUCAGCUGCGGGUGGCCAUGGCCAGGGGAAACUCCAAGCUUCGGAUGCCCCACGGCAAACUUGUUGAUGGUCGGUCAUUGUAUGCCGGGCCAGUCCUCUCCACGGAUGCCCUCCAGCGCGAGGAUAUCUGGGUCAGUCAGCGAAGAAAUAUACACUUUGGCGACGACUUCCACACCUACAGCCUAGACUGGAGUAGCAAGCGUCUGCGCUUCUCGGUGGACGGACAGGUCUAUGGCGAGAUGUUGAGUGGCUUUGCGGAGCUGGACUUGAACACAAGAUGGAAGAGGGGCGGUCCCAUGGCCCCAUUCGAUCGAAUGUUCUACAUCACUCUGGGACUUUCUGUGGGUGGAUUCGGAGACUUUGUGGACAAUUUGCGCACCGCAACCUACGAGAAGCCAUGGAUGAAUUAUCAUCCGCAGGCCAAGCUGCAUUUCUUUGAAGCGAAAGAUCAUUGGCUUCCUUCUUGGAAGCAGCCGUCUUUAUUGGUCGACUAUGUACGUGUCUACGCAAACUGAUUAUCAUUUUCAUAUUUUUAAACAAGUGUAGACGAUGCUCGUGUCGGAAUCUUAUCACGAAUAAAGCACUGACAGCCCCUCUCAGUAAAUUAUGAA